GCUUGUAGCGCAAAGAAGACAGAAGUUAAAGAGAAAGAGCUACAUACAGUAAACUGUACACUGCCGAAAGAUGCAAGUCGUACAUUCAUCUGGCUUCGAGUUACAAAAAAUAAUGGGGUAGAAUUCAUAGUAUCUUACAAAAAUCAGAAACGUGUGGGGACUGUUGUUUUGCCUGAAUCCAUGGAAUCACUGGAUGGCUACUGUUUAAAAAUCAAGUCCUUCAACAAGCAAACGGACAGUGGCAGCUACAACUGUGCUAUAUACAAUGCCAAUGAAUUGACCUUUGGGAAACCUACAGUUCUUGAAGGAGAGCCAGACCCCACACAAGCACCAAAGAAGGUUACGACGACUCCUUGUACUACUGCUGCAACUGUUCCUUCUACGCCAUGUGUGUGUCUAAAUCAGAGAGGAGUGAAGAGCGACCCUGAGAAGAGUUGCGAGUUGAUGAUCUGGGUGCCACUGGCUGGAGGCUGCGGCCUGCUCUUGGUCCUCCUCAUCGGUGUGUCCCUCUACUGCAACAAGAUCCGCACUAGACGAUGCCCCCAUCAUUACAAGAGACAACCCAGGACUGCAGAAGGAGUGCUACAUCCUGGACACGGUCGUUUUGUUUAAUAGGUGCUACCAAACAAGGCUGACACAGAAAGACCGGUUUGAUUUUGACCAAGACGUCCUGCUGUAUUUUGAUGCAGCUGCAGCGCCUGUCAAAUAUGACUUCGUUUCUGCUUUACCACACGCAUUGCAUGUUUGUCUCCUAUGAUUAUUUACCAGUUUGCAGACGUGCUGAUCACAUUUCCUUUUAUAAACCUGCAUUUGUCUGUGCUUAAAAAAAAAAAAACUUUUAUCACGGCUUUAUGCUUUCCUCACUACAUUUUCAGCGCAUGCUAGGGGAUGUUACUUAGGUAGGCCUACAAUAUUUAGUGUGCCUAUACUGUAUUUCUCAGAUUCGAUUUGAAAAACAUAUGAAAUAUGCAUAAUGUUAACAGUCUCUGGCAGCCUAUAGUUUACUGGAUCGAGUCAAAAUGUAGGCCUAUUUUAUUUUAAAAUUGGCUAGUUCAGUACGAGUAGACAGCAACACAUAGCCAGAACUCUCAAUAUAACCAUAUAUUUCCUUCAAUGUAGGCGAGGCUACGCUUUAUACCACAUCAUGUUAAUAUUAACUAACUAAAUUGAAAUAAAUAUUUUAUUUUA